CAACACGGCAGAAAACAAAUCGCAGCUCUUUCUCCGCGCUCCGCGACCCCACGAGCUUUCUGUUCUACAAUAAUAUAUCUCAACUGACGACUCUUUUUCGGUUCUUGUUUGAGUUCACUGCUAUUUUUAUUUUCUCUUGACGGUCUUCUUGGGGCGAGCCUUCGCAAUUUCCUUUCUGUUGUCCCAAGACCGAUUAUCGAACACGCCGCUUGGUCUUCGCGAAUUGAACUUCCCCUGAGAUCGCUGCAUACAGCAAUUGGUUCAACGCUCGGUUUCCUCAGUUGCAAGACGCGUUAUAAGAGUGAUUAGUUAGAAUAGACGGUGUCGAAUCUAUAGUGACAUCUUCGUUGGAGCGCUAUUUUUGCCCCAGGCGUACGGCAGCCUCGUUCUCCGAAAGAUACCGCGCACCAUAUCAUGCUGCUAUCGAGCCAGUGAUCUUAUACAACUACAAACCAAAAUGUCGCGCCCGUUCCCCUAUACCUACAUCUCAUGUCCCUGUGCAGAUGACCCGAUUCCCGAUCCAUCCUCGAAACGGAUAUCGAAAGAGCUCUCUCCGCGCAAGAAAGGCUCGUCGGAAACCCCUCAGUUUGAAGAAGACUCGGACGAAGAAGAGGUUACUUUCGAUCCUAGAUCGCCUCGCGCCAACUUCUCUUUAUAUCCGCCUGAGCAACUACUCUACUGCGAGGACUGUCACCAAAUUAAAUGCCCGAGAUGUAUAACGGAGGAGAUUGUGUGUUGGUAUUGUCCGAACUGUCUGUUUGAGACCCCCAGCAGUAUGGUGAGGAGUGAAGGAAAUAGGUGUGCGCGGAAUUGCUUCAAUUGUCCGAUAUGUACGGCCCCCUUGGCGGUCACCACGUUGGAAAAUACUGCUGCGGGGGGUUCUCACCAAGGUCCCUGGGUUCUGGCCUGCCAGUACUGUAUGUGGACGACUCUCGAUAUUGGGAUCAAAUUCGACAAGCCCACCAAUAUUCGUACUCAGCUGGCGAAGCUGACAGAAGCUGCUGGCGGGAGGAAGUCGACUCGAGGUAUAUCUGAUAUGAGGUCGCCUCUAGCCAGCUUCUCGUCAACCACUGAUUUACCUGUAAUGGGUGAGAGUGAAGAGGUGGGAAAAGAGUCCAAACCAGUGGAUGAGCAACCUCCUCUGGAUCCGGACGCUAGGUUCGACGCUUUGAAAUCCUUCUACCGAAACCAGAUCGCGGAGACAUCGUCUUCUCCUAGCGAUCCUCUGGGAACCGACCUUGGAGCUGGAUUUUCCUCCCCGAGCGCAUUGAACCGUAUCAUGUCUCUGUAUGCCUCAUCUACCUUCGGAGGUCUCUACGGAGCAGGCGGCAAGAAGCCUAAGUCUAAGCCACCAGUCAUGAGAGAGGCUCUCCACGCAUCAGAAGGACUGAAGAUUCCCAGCCCUGACUUCGAGGAGUCGAUCAUCAAUAGGAUGUCGUCGGACGAAUGCGGUUGGGACGGCCUGGCUUCAAUGGAGCAACGAGCCUUCCAAGCUCUUGAUGCUCGUUUCGUGGAGGACCUUCGACCACUCCCAGUUCAGCUCAGGACGAAACGCUCGAAACGGUGCAAGGCAUGCAAGCAUAUCCUUGUCAAGCCCGAGUUCAAGCCGCAGUCAACGCGCUUCCGUAUCCGUCUGAUUGCUCUCAGCUACAUCCCACUACCUACAUUGCGACCUCUCACGCCAACUUCCCUCGCAGGAAUACCCCUAUCACCAACCGUCGCGCCUCCUGACCUGGACGCUCUACCACCUCUGCGGCCCAUCCAAUACCUCCUAACUUUAAAAAACCACAUGUUCGACCCUGUCCGAGUCACACUGGCUACGCCUUCUCUAACCCCCGGCCGCGUCGCCACGAAAGUCACCAUUCUCUGCCCUCAGUUCGACAUCGGCGCCAAUAGCGACGUCUGGGAUGAAGCCCUCCAGGCCUCUACCGCCGGUGACCGCUCCUCACGAGCCGCUCUAGCCGGCUUCGGGACUGAAAAAGUCGCUGAGGCCGGUAAAGUCUGGGACAAAGGACGGAACUGGACGACCGUCGUUAUCGAAAUCGUCCCGGGAACCUUACCUGGUUCGGGACACAAGAGCCGUGGUGACCACGAGGACAACGACGACCGCCAUACCGCCAGUGAUGACGGCAAUGACAAUGAUGAUGACAAUGAGAAUGACAAUGACAAUGACAGCAACAGCGGCAAUAAGGAUAAUGAUAACAAUGACGAGGAACUCCGCGAGGACGAAGACGUGCUUGAGAUCCCGGUCUUUGUGCGCUUAGAAUGGGAUACGGAAAAUCAGAUAGAGCAGCCUGUGGGAAAGAACCAGAAGCCUGAGAUGGUGAAGAGGGAAUUGGCCUAUUGGAUGGUAUUGGGUGUUGGGAGGAUUAAAGAUGGAGAGUCGUGAUGUGUGUUGUGUGUGGAUUUGGGAUGUGUUCUUUUCUUUUCUUGCGAUCUGUAGCCAUGAUACCAAUAGAUAUAGUUAGCGACA